GAUUUUAUAAAAUCAGUUAUGCUUUUAGUAUGAAAUUUGACAAUAACUUGUCCAAAUUGUAUUUUAUUAGCUUUGCAUUUGUAGCAAAAAUGAUCAGUAAAUACUUUUUCUGCCACUUUAUUUCCCUGAAGGACACACAGAAAGGUAUCAGCUCUAUCUGUUUUCUAUAGGUUUGAGAGUCUCCACAGAAGAUUGGAAAUCUGAAAUCCGCCCACGUGCUCACACGCCACGCAACAGCAAGCAGUCCAUAAAUCUGUUCUCAUGUGGCAGGGGUUAAAUGCAAUUUUUCACAUCAUUUGCUGAUAACCAAAAAGAAACGACGUCCCCUUCUGUCGCUCAGGGUCACCCAGCCCCAGUGAUACAUUAAAACGUUCAUGAAAAGAUGAGCAGACACAGGAUUAAAAAACAAACACGCCCUCUUUCCAUCUUGUUUAUGGGAACAUGUGCCAUUCUCUAAAAAGGGGAAGUGUGUGUCCCGUUGUGGCAACAUGGAUUCUCACUCCAUCAUGCGUCUCAUUUCUUUGACACCUAAUGCUUCGUCUCACUGCCUCUGUUUUUCUUUCUGCACAGAGAGCUUUUGAAAAUUGUCUGGCCUUUUUUUUUUUUUUUUUUUGAUGAUGACGAUGAUUAAGAAUCUUUACAAAAUGUCGCGCAAAUAGAUUUACAAAACACUUGACAUAAUAAUCACCCCAUAAAAAAAUGUGCUUGACGGUGUGGCUUUGACUCACUGCUUCAGGUCAGUUAAUCUCUGUAUAAUCCAAUAGAUCUUUAGCAGAUUGUGCUCCUUAGAGGGUUUGGCAGUGACUGAGUCCCCGCGGAGAAGGCUUUGCUGUUGCUGUCGUUCUGUUAUGAUCCACAGAGACUCUUUACUUGUAGCUUCUCAGUGUCCUGAUGAGUCAAAAGAAAAUAACUUUUGCCAUGAGGUCACUUUAUGGACUGUACCCUUACAAGUCCACCAUGAUUGGCUUUGAGAACCUUGGGGAUCCUUCAAGCAACUGGGAAAUCGUGGAGACCAUUGGGAAGGGAACGUACGGGAAAGUCUACAGAGUCACCAGCAAAAAAGAUGGGAGUCAGGCGGCUGUGAAAGUGCUGGACCCAAUCAAUCACUCGCAUCACUCAAACAGAGAUGUGGAUGAAGAGAUUGAAGCAGAAUACAACAUCCUGAGGUCGCUGUCAAACCAUCCUAAUGUAGUGAAGUUUUAUGGCAUGUUUUACAAGACAGACAAGUUAUCUGGGGGACAGCUCUGGUUGGUACUUGAGCUGUGCAAUGGCGGCUCUGUCACAGAACUCAUCAAAAGCCUGCUCAUGCGCGGCCAGCGUUUGCAGGAGCCCCUCAUCUCAUACAUCUUAUACAGUGCCCUGCUGGGUCUCCAGCACUUGCACAACAACAGGAUUAUUCACCGUGACGUCAAAGGGAACAACAUCCUUCUGACCACUAAUGGGGGAGUCAAACUAGUUGACUUUGGGGUUUCAGCUCAGCUGACCAGCGCACGGUUGCGGAGGAACACGUCUGUCGGGACCCCAUUUUGGAUGGCUCCAGAGGUCAUAGCCUGUGAACAGCAGUAUGACUACUCCUAUGACGCUCGCUGUGAUGUGUGGUCUCUCGGCAUUACGGCCAUCGAGCUGGCAGAUGGAGAUCCCCCACUGGCUGAAAUGCAUCCAGUUAAAGCCCUUUUCAAGAUCCCAAGAAACCCCUCACCCACAUUACGAAGUCCAGACCAGUGGUGCAGAAGUUUUAGCCAUUUCAUCAGCCAAUGUCUGAUAAAAGAUUUUGAGGCUCGUCCAUCUGUCAUCCACCUGCUGGAGCACCCCUUCAUCAAGCAGACCCACGGCAAAGAUGAGGCCCUCCGUCAGCAGCUGGCAGCUCUCAUCCGAGAGCAGCAAGAGGUCAGCUACAAAAACAAAACCAAGCAUGAGCGGAUCAAUUCUCGUAAAACCCUCAUAGUGGAGAGCUGUCCGGGUGAUGAUCUGGUAAACCUGGACUUUCUAGAUGAGGAGACGAUCAUUAGUCAUCUUCUCAAGCGGUACGAUGAGCUCCAGGUGUACACUUAUGUCGGAGACAUUCUCAUUGCCCUCAAUCCCUUCCAAAAUCUCAGCAUCUAUUCUCCUCAGUUUUCUAAGUUGUACCAUGGCGUGAAAAGGGCAGACAACCCUCCACACAUCUUUGCUACCGCGGAUGCAGCUUAUCAAGGAAUGGUGACAUUCUGCAAGGACCAGUGUAUCAUCAUCAGUGGAGAAAGUGGCGCAGGAAAAACUGAAAGCGCCCAUUUAAUUGUUCAGCAUCUCACUUUCUUGGGAAAGGCAAACAAUAGAUCUCUACGGGAAAAAAUCUUGCAAGUCAACCCUCUUGUUGAGGCCUUCGGAAACGCCUGCACAGCCAUUAAUGACAACUCCAGCCGUUUUGGCAAAUACCUGGAAAUGAAGUUCUCCCCAAGUGGAGCAGUUGUUGGAGCCAAGAUAUCAGAAUACCUGCUGGAGAAAUCCAGGGUCAUCAAACAGGCUUCAGGAGAAAAAAACUUCCACAUAUUUUACUACAUGUAUGCCGGGCUUCACCACCAAGACAAGCUGAAGACUUACAGGCUGCCAGACAGGACACCUCCCAGGUAUAUUGACAGUCGUCAAUACAAAGUAAUGCACGACAUCAUUUCAAGAAAAUUGUACAAGGAGCAGUUUGAUGCAAUUCAGGAGUGCUUCAGAAAUAUUGGUUUUACUGAAGAGGAAGUGAUCUCUGUUUACAGGAUUCUUUCUGCCAUUUUGAACACGGGCAAUAUUGAAUUUGCUGCCAUCACAUCCCAACAUCAGACUGACAAAAGUGAAGUACCAAAUUCAGAGGCGUUAGAGAAUGCUGCAUCUCUCCUCAGCAUCGGUGCAGAGGAGCUCCAAGAAGCACUGACCUCCCAGUGCGUGGUCACAAGAGGCGAGACCAUCAUCAGAACCAACAGUGUGGACAAAGCCACUGACGUCCGAGACGCCAUGUCCAAAGCCCUGUAUGGCCGCCUUUUCAGCUGGAUAGUGAACCGCAUCAAUUCUCUGCUGCAACCUGACGUGAAUAUCUGUGCCGCUGAGAGCUGCAUGAAUGUGGGAAUCCUGGACAUCUUUGGGUUUGAAAACUUCAAGAAGAACUCAUUUGAGCAGUUGUGCAUCAACAUUGCAAAUGAGCAGAUCCAGUUUUAUUUCAACCAGCACAUAUUUGCCCUGGAACAGAUGGAAUACCAGAGUGAGGGAGUGGAUGCCAGCCUGGUGGAGUAUGAGGACAACAGGCCCAUCCUGGACAUGUUUCUGCAGAAGCCCAUGGGUCUGCUGUCUCUGCUGGAUGAAGAAAGCCGCUUCCCUCAGGCCACUGACCAGACUCUAGUCGAUAAGUUUGAAGAUAAUUUGCGCUGUAAAUAUUUUUGGAUACCUAAGCGUGUGGAGCUUUGUUUCGGAAUACAGCAUUAUGCCGGGAAGGUGAUGUACAGUGUGAACGGUUUCCUGGAGAAAAACAGGGACACUCUUCCUGCAGACAUUGUUGUGGUGUUGAGAACCUCAGAGAACAAACUUCUGCAGCAGUUGUUCUCCAGCCCUUUAACCAAAACGGGAAAUCUGGCAACGUCCAGGGCUCGGGUCACUGCUGCAUCCAGAUCUCUACCGCCACAGCUCAGCUCAGGACGCUCCAAGUCUCCCAAAUACCUGUUAAAGGUGGACACUAUGGAGAUGAUGCGCCACCCCGAUGAAACCACCAACAUGAGGAGACAGACCGUGGCGUCCUAUUUUCGUUACUCCCUGAUGGAUUUGCUGUCUAAGAUGGUGGUGGGCCAGCCACACUUUGUCCGCUGCAUUAAACCCAACGAUGACAGACAGGCUCUGCGCUUCUGCAGGGAGAGGGUGAUGGUGCAGCUGCGCUACACCGGGAUCCUGGAGAUGGUGAACAUCCGCCGGCAAGGCUACUCCCACCGCAUUCUGUUUGAGGAGUUUGUUCCUAGAUACUACUAUCUUGCCUUUCGGGCUCACCAGGUGCCUGAAAACAGCAAAGAGAACGUUGUUCUUAUACUGCAGCGGACCAAACUAGAACACUGGGUCCUUGGAAACACUAAGGUGUUUCUGAAGUACUACCAUGUGGAGCAGCUGAACCUGCUGCUCAGGGACGUGAUGGCCCGGGUGGUGGUGAUGCAAGCCUACACUAAAGGCUGGCUCGGAGCCCGACGGUACCAGAAGGAGAAGCGCAGGAGGAACCGAGGGGCCAUCAUUAUUCAGUCAGCUUGGAGGGGCUACGUCGCUCGGCAGAAUGUCAAGCAAAUAAAAAUUGAGCGGGAAGAAGCCGCAGUCCGCAGACCGCCAGCUUAUAGAAGACAUCGGGUGAGUUUCGACUGUGAGUCCCAGAGGCACAGAUGUCACCCAGAGUUUGGAGAGGAGACCACCAAGGAAGAGCACACAGAGUGCGGCCUAAAGAGCAAUACGAAGGACACGCAUAAAGGAAAUGCUGGCCCUGACAGCCGAGACAGACAAGUGAAAGACAUCAAGAGAGACAAAGCCAGAGCAGAGGACAGAGUGACGAAGCCUUGCAGGGAGUCAGCUAGACUGCCAGACCUGCAGUGUAAACAAGGUCCAGUGAUGAAGCUCCAGCAAAGAGCUGCUCGUCGCCGUGGCCAGCAGCCCAAACUGCUCAAUAGCCCCGAAGACAGCCUCUACUACAACCAGCUAAAUAGAACUCUGGAUUACCAGGGGAGCAAGAGGAAGCCGAGAAAACUUGGUCAAAUCAAAGUGCUGGAUGGAGAGGACGAGUACUACAAAUUACUGUCAACCGUGGAGUCGAUCCCCGAGGAAGAGCUUGUGACCGCCCCCUCUCCCGCUCCUCUAGUGGGCCCGUCAUCAGUCAGACCUGAGCCUCACAUCCGUGUCAGCCGAUUGCCUUUUUGAUCAAAACCAUUUCUGCAAAAACACCCGACUCCGACUGUAAAUAAAUGUGUAUUUAUUUAUCAGUACAUGUCUGUUUUCUAUGAGUCAAAUAAAUGUGUUCACAGUCCUUUUUGA